AUGACAACUGCACUGAAAACAACCUCCAUCUCCACUAGAAACCACCUCAAUCUCUUUGCAAUUAUGGCGAUCUGGACCACCAACGGACCAUCACUUACUUUGUUUCCCUCUUCUCUCAGGCUCUCCAUCGAUCUUCAAGCUCUAACCCUUGCAAUUAUCAGUCUUCCAAUUUCUCGGUUUUAUUGUUGGCGUUAUUGUCAUUUUCACAGGGUUAACUAA